ACUAACUUAUCCUUAACAGUGACGUCCCUUAAUAAGAUCACCACAGUAACGGCUAUAGUGGAAAUAUGGCGUCAUAAGGACUGGGACACCGCUGAUACUUUUCCCAAAUUGAAAUAUUUGUUUUUAAUUAAGCUAGCUUAUACGGCGCCAUGGCAACAUUAUUUAAAAGCAAAGCGGCGGCAUCUUUAAACAAAGGUCAUCCGACUACUUUCUACAGUAGUGACAAACCGAAUCCUGUGCUACAAGCCCUAGACCAGGAGAGAAAUAAGUUUAUGUCGUACAUGAGAAAGCGUAACAACCCAGAUUAUGAGGUACCAGAUGGAGAACCAUGGUCCAGACCAGCAGAUAUUCUGUUUGAAUUGUGGAACAAGUAUGAGCCAAGACUGCCAAAACCACACUGUAAGGAGAAGAUGCUUGAAAUGGGAGAUUUCCUUGCGUCUAUUGGCGAAUACAAACUUGCCCUGUGGCAAUGCUAUGAGCGAUGUCUUCAGCACUAUGGACCAGUCAGUGUGGAGGAGAUUUGCAAUGUGGAUCUUUUUCAGAGCAUUUUCUUCCCUGGCGGCUUUGAGGCUGAAGAUGCUUGCUUUACUUUUCGGGCUCUCCUGGGAAAGAGUAUUAGCAUGUACCAAGUGGUACGGCUCAGUGAUCCCAAACUGCAAAGCAAGCAAUCCGUGGACCAUUGUGUUCAUAUUCUGCACUUUCUUCGACUGGUUAUGCAAGUGCUACUUCCACGUGAAUCUCUGUGCUGGCUGCUGUUCAAUGGCACUGUUCAUAUUUACAACAUAUCCAGACAUCUGAUGUCUUUAGGACAUUCAACAAAAGUGCUUGAGUACUUUCUAUGGGCAGCAAUGUGUAUGGAGACAUCAGUUCCACUCAUGACUGUAAAAUAUCUGUCUUGGCGAGCCACACUAUACACAGCUGUAUGCCAGUGUUACUAUGACUGCAAAGCUGGACAGCAAGCAGAGGUCUUUGCCAGGCGUGCGCUUUCCAAAUUAAAUGAGCUGAGUCAGCUUGAAAGCCUCAGCAAUUCUGUUGAAACACCUCAAAGAGAGUAUGCUUUUCGCCAAGCAACUGUGCGGAUGGCUGUGAUGAUAUUCAAACGGUCUGUGUUUGAAACAAGAAGGAAACCCAAAGGACUCCUGAGACCCAAAACAAGAUCAAACUUGAAAGAUGCUGUAAAUGAGUCAGAAAAUAAUGUGAAAAAGGGUGGUAAGAAAGAAAAGGGAGAAACACAGGAUGACAAACAACUGCCUAUUACAGAUAUGCCUUGGCCUCGUACGCCCACAGAAAAAAUGCUGGUUGAUAUGUUUGAGGGAGGGUCAGCCCAGUUCUUGGCAAUCCUUGAGUCUCUCAGUGAUAGCAACCGCCGCAUUCUUUUAUCAUCUCCUCCUACCCAGGACAAUGAACCUGAGAUUCUGGAUGUCUUUGUGGAACUCUUCAUCGCAGCUCAAGAGAUCUUGGCAGGAGGGGGAGGUAACAAAGCCACUGGAAACAAAACACAGAUGCAGCUAGGAGCUCCUCCAUUAUCAGCAGUGGUACUCCAUCACUCACUCAUUGACAUGGCAACCCGAGGAGAAGAUGGGGUACCACUGGAGGCUGCCAUUCGCCUUGUCAAACUGGCAUACAACUAUGAGUUGUGGGACACCUUUGAUGCACUGUUGGACCCUCUUCUGGAACAAAUUAAGGAGAAGAAUGACACAGAACUCACAUGGGAAGAAAAGUCUCUUGAAUUAUUGCAAGCCAUGAUUCAACUGACUGGUAGCCGCCGCCUUAACAAGCGCUCUGGAAAUCUCACCAAUAUUGAAGAUUCAGAGGAAGUGGUUGAAGUUACCAGCACAUCUGCCCACGCAUUCACACCUUUCACUGGAGCAAAUCAAUCUGGGAUUGGUCAAGAUGACCUGACUUACUUAGCAGAUGUCCUGAUCUCUAUUGUCAAAGGGCCUUUCCAGCAAGAGAAUAUUGAAAUUGAUAUGGUGGUGGAUGCUACCCUAUACUUGUGGUCCAAAAGCAAAAGUGUCUUCCAGAAGUUUCAGACAGGUUCUGUUGACAAUCCUCGCUACCUGCACAAGAUAGACAAUCUACAAAAAUGGAUGAAGCUCCUGGACUCAGUGCACCAGGCUUUAGGGUGGACCGGCAUCAGCAGCGUUGACCCAUGCCUGACUGCAGAAGUAGCUCUACGGCUUGCCAUGGUGUAUGAGAGUUUUGCAAUCUUGGAAACCUCAGAAGACUUAAAGAAGGAGUCAAAGACAACAGUGAGUGAUGCUGACAAUGUAGAAGGGGGAGGGGAGGGGGUGGGUGGCCCCUCCAGCCUGCUGUCUCCCAGUGCCAAGCAAGCGAUGGUGCAGUAUCUUUGUCAGGCUCGUGACAUCUUGGCACUUGGCCUGGAGAAUGUCAACAAUGCCCGCCAGGCUGUGUCCCUUAACGAUGGCAGAUCCAUAGCAGAUGUCAGCUGGAUCAAGGAACUUUUUCCAAAAGUGUUCCAGUCAGAUCCAUCACAGGAAGAAGAAUAUGGUAGUGAUCAUCCAGAUGAGCUAGCCUCCCUCAACUCUUGCACCCAGGUACAUAGCAGCACAAAGGGUGCUGCAGCAAACGUUCUGAACACUGUCAAGGAUCUGCAUUUGGAAAUGAUCAUGACAUACCAUCGUAUUACCAUCAGGCUUGCUGCUUUCACACCUCAGGUGGAAUCAAAUAAAGCACAAAGUCAGAGGAAAUCCAAUUUAUCAAAGGUCACCAGCAAGAACAAGGAUCAGGGCCGGUGUGUAGAGACUUUUGAAGAUCUUGUGGCAAGAUGCAGGUGUAACAAGUUGUCGAAGGCUUUGCUCUACAUGCAGAGAGCUUCAAUGCUUGGUUGUGAUAAUGUUCCCUCUGACCAACAGAAGACUCUUCUAGAUAAUGCAAAGAAGCUUAUCCAGAAGGCACAGGUUGAGGAACAGAAGACUUACAAGGAGAAUACUGGAAUAGAUGACAGGUCACCUGUGGAAUGUAGUGUGCCUCCUCCUCCCAUCCUCCUGUGUCGUACCAACCGCACAAUGGUCUUCUGCCCAGCUCCCUUCCAACCAGUCUCUGGACAGAAGGUGGCAUGGUACAGACUGUUUGGACGAAAUGCAGCAGGAAGCAAUAUUAAAGCUAGAAUGAAUGACAACUUCCUGCCUGGUACUGGUGAUGAGGUCACAAGCUGUGGUGGCAUCUGUGAGCUGAAAGUGUCAGGGCUGACACCAGAUGAAUGCUAUGUUUUUGCUGUGGCUGCCUAUGCAGCAGAUGGUACCUUGAUUGGAGAUAGCAUUGGGGCAACUACAGCACCAAUCUUGGCAUCUCAUCCACUUGCCUAUUCUCAUAACCUGGGCCUACCUGUGUCAGAUUUGCUAUCAGGUAGGGUACUACUCUGCUGCUCAACAAGGCCUGUGAAGUCUUGUGGAAUCAUUUUCUAGCCACACCCCCAUCACCAGAGGGAGACAAAUAUACCACACAGGCCAAAAAAGACUUCAAACUCACGCUGCUAAAGCUGAACAGACAAGCAGUUUGCUUAUCAUCACCUGUUCUGCUGAGACAGUUCCUGACCAGCAUCUUCAUCAAUGUUGAGUCAAGUAUUCGUAUUAAUGGACUUUUCUGUGAUGUUCUUUGUGAUCAGGGUCCACUCUACCCG